AAGGGGAGAAAGUGUACAGCAAAGUUCGUUUUGUUGCUUAAGGAGGUUUUGUUAGCAAUUGGCCAUUUGGGUAGUUCUGAUUUCAGAUUUCAGGUUGCUUAGCAUCUUUGGUUGUCUUGCUACAGUGAGUAACUUCUAUAUCUGAAAUUGUGUUUUUCUUGAAAUUAUGCUUUUCUUGAUUUUAUACUGUUUUCAUAAUGUUCAUUCUGAAAUUGGUCUUGUCAUUGCAAGGUUUCGUAUUAAUGCUUUAUGAAAUUUGGAUUUGGGUGGUUUCAUUCCUGUUUGUUUUUCAUCUCUAUCACACAUGUUAUUUUCUGACUAGUAUGAGUAAGCAAUUUCUGACUUUGUGAGUAAGCAAUUCACUUCACAACCCCAGAUAAAUUUCUAAAUUUUCAGUCUCAAAUUAUAGAGCUUUACCGUUUUCUUGGUUGUUCCUGUUUUAGUUCUGCUUAGGAUUGAUAUAACUAUAUAAGUGACUUCUCUGCUUUGAUAUUUUCUUUUCAUUAUAUCAAUUUCCUCACUGAUAUUAUUUUGAAAACUGAGAGUUUGGUAUUGAUAAAGGAUUAUGUUGGGUGUUUGAUAUCAUGUGAAUUUACUGGAUUUGCUGAUUUUUAGUUUGAUUACUUUUUGUUAUGAUGCCUUUCAAUAGUAUCUAUAAGUCCUAUAUUUUUUUAUACUCGAUUUUGUGAGAGUUUAUGUUUUAGAAGAGAAUCAGCCUAGAAGUUUUGGGUACUGCAACUUUGAGGAAGAUGUGAGAUUUCUGAUCUCAUGGUCUUCUAUUUCACCAUUGAAAUUUUCAGAGUUGGGAUAUUUAAAGAAGACUGUGAGUUUUGGUAGAGGUUGAGCUUUAGUUCGGAUUUAUUUUGAUGAACACUUUUUGGUUUUGGUUCUGUUUUAAGAGAAUCAGGAGCUAGAGUUAGAAAUGUGAAGUUGAAGGACGCAUCAUACUUUUUUCUGAUAUUUUGUAUUUCUCUGGGGAUUACCUGCAAGUUAAAGCAAGUUUUAACUUGCAUCGUAUAAUACAGUUGGAACAUUUCCAUUCAAUCAAAACACAUAUAUAGUCUUUAUUAAAAAAUCAGGUGUUGCCUCUUGUGCAGUUGCACUUGUAACAGGUGAUGCCAAUGCUACUUUUUCAUGGCAAAAGGAAUGAGCAGAUCACAAGGGCCUUCAGCCCUUAAACGGAAGCGCUUGGAUUCGCAAUCUGGAUCUUUGACAGAGCAUGAAAGCAAACUCUAUGAUGCCAUCCGCAGCAAGACAGAUAUGGGCAUGUCUGUACAAGACUUGAGGCGAGAAACAGGACUCCAGAACAAUUUAUUUACCAAGGCCAUCAAAACACUUCAAGCCAAACAACUGAUAAAAGAGGUUAAAAAUUUUGAAAACAAGACGAGGAAACAUUACAUGGCUACAGAGUUUGAGCCCUCGAAGGAGAUAACUGGUGGUGCUUGGUAUGAUAAUGGACAGUUUGAUACCGAGUUUAUAAAGGUUGUAAAAAGAGAGUUGGUGAAGGUCAUUCCUGAUGAUCAUCAGGAGAUUGCUACCUUGGAGGAAAUUUCUCACGCAGUUAGAAUGAAGAAUUUUCUAACUGUUAACUUAUCCGACCAGGAAUUGAAGCAGAUUCUGGAUGCUUUGGUUUUGGACAAUGAGAUCCUGAAGGUGGUGAGAGCUGGGAAAGAUUGUUAUAAGUGCUGCAAUAGAAGAGGGGAGCCAAACUUAGCGUCCAUGGCUUCCAUUCCAUGCGGAGUCUGUCCGCGUAUUAAUCAAUGUACCCCAGAUGGCAUUAUUUCCCCAACCACCUGUGAAUACUUUAAAAAAUGGUUGGAGUUCUGAACUGACAUGCUCUCAAUGCUUUUGGAGGUUUUCCUUCUAUCGCCUAAGAUGUAGUUCUGCAGAAGCUUGGUGCCUCUAAUUCUUUUUGCUUAUGAAGUUGAAGACAUCAUAAUGUCUCUUUGUACUUGUUUCAACUUUCAAGUCCGGUUGAAUUUUCAAUGAAAGUUAUAAUCUUUAUGAAGCAACCUUCAGUUAAGUUAAU